GUCAAGGCCACUUGGCACGGUUAAUGAAUAUAAAUUUGCCCACUUUUUGACAGAAAUUGAAUUUGUUCAUUAUGGAAAGUAACGCUGAUCUGGAAGAAGUUCAAAUUAACGUCAAUGGAACGAACUGUCCUCACGCUAAAUCGAUAGAACAGAAUUUUUCUAGUUCAAUACCUAAUCAUUCUGUUCCUUGCACAGAAGCUCCCACUGUGUCACUUGAAACAUCAAAUGAUUUGUCUAAGUCACCUACCAUUCUGUCAAGUUCUACUGUAACUAAGAAAGAAAUUCCUCCCGAUUACGUUUUUGGGUCAAAUAUUUCGUCACGCGUUGUGAAUGCUGAUGUGUCAAAAGGUGCCUCGGUUAAUUUAUGGACAUCAACAUCUACAAGUCAUGAUUCCGCCUCCUGUGUUUUUACCACACUGGCUAAAGCAGUUACUGCUUCUCAAGCAAACUUUAAGGAUUCGAAAAAUCUGGAAGAUUCCGCAAAGGAAGUAGCUGAGGACAAGCGAAAGGAAACAUUAACGUUAGCAGAAGUCGACCUAGUUACUGGUGAAGAAGGGGAAAUUCCAAUCAUUCGACAACACUGCCGAGCUCAUAUUUUCGAUGCUAAUAAGCAGAAGUGGAAUAAUAUUGGGGCUGUUCAUUUCCAUUUAAAUGAUAUUCCCAACGACAGUGUGCCAGGGAAUACCAAUGCUUUCUGCAGGUCCCGGAUAGUAGUGCGUUUAGUGUCUACACGCAGAUUGUUGAUUAAUACUCUUAUUUGGUCUCAAAUGCCUGCCGCUAUAGUUGACUCACGAACUUUGAGGAUAGGUGCAAUUAAUGAGGAAGGACAUAUCAAAAAUUAUCUUUUUGGAUUUCCACCGGAUGAGUCGGCUUCCAAAAUAUUUGAAAUGAUAAGUUUUAGAAAGUCAAACGCUACUACUCUCCCGUAUGAAAUUUGUCAUGACAUAGCACCUGUUUCAAACAAAGAUAAGGUGACUGGUUGUAAGCGUCAGUUAGAAAUUCAAGCCAAAGCAGAUGUAGAUUGCUCACUCCAUGUACCCCCGAAAAUAGCCAAUAAUAGUGUCCUUUCACCUACACCAAGUGUGGUUGUAUUUCCAAAGACUAACAUAUUUAGACCAUCGGUAUUCACUCCAGUUUGUAAAGAUUCGUUCAAUAAUUCAUCGACCCCAAAUCACUCUUGUCAUGUGGGAGAACUACAGUUUCGAAAUUCACCGUUGGAUAACGUUGUUAAACGUCUUUGUGAAAGCAGUCCAUCUGGUAGUUCUGAAUCUUCUACACUUCCAUGUAAUAACAAAGCAACUGAACCCCCGAAAUUGUCAUCGGGUGUAAAUUCUCAGAAUAUGCCUAUCAGUUCGGUUUCAAGUAAUCAAUGUGCCGAUUUCAUAUUCGGCCAUAACGUUUCGGAACGCGUCACAAAUGCUUCUUUAUCUACAGUCGUUAACCGUGAUAUCUCUGGCAAGGAUCUUCCAGUCGAGUCUUCAGAGUCAAACGACCACAGUUUAUCUCCAGAAAAAGAAGAGAGUAUAGAUGCUUCUGAGACUGGUGAGCAUUGUACUGUUCUUCCUAGUAAGCGAACAUUAGAAGAAUCUGCCGCUGCAGUAACUUCCGAGAUGCUCGAAAAGUCGACCUAUCUCUUAGCUAAUCUUCCAGAAUCUCCUAUUCUCACUGGGGAAGAAGGAGAAUACCUUACUCUGAAGGCUUACUGUCAUUUUUAUUGUUUUGAUCGUCACAAACAUGAGUGGGCCGGUCGUGGACAGGCUUACAUUCACUUGAAUGAUGUUGCAAUGAAAUCUUCAUCGUUACCUAGUCAAGUCUCCCCUUUUCCGUCUGGGCCGCCUGCACGGUCUCGUUUAGUAAUCCGCACGUGCCAAACUUUGAAACUUUUAGCCAAUGUUCCUAUCUGGUCCGGUCUGAACGUUGCUAUGGCUGAUGAACGCUCUAUUCGUCUGACUACAGUCUGUCAUCCGUCAGAAACUUUAAAUGAUUCUCAAAAUAAGCCUUCAUGUUCUAUAGAUUCAGUUGUUACAAAACCAGAAUUUUGUGCUUAUCUACUUGUUAUGCAUUCACAUAAAGAAGCUGACCGUCUUUUUCAAGCUCUUAAUUCGCGUAUAAACACUUUUACUAGUCGUUUAAACGCUAAACCUACAUAUCUUCACGAAACAAAUAGUGCAUCCAACAGUCCUGGUGAUUUUUCUUCUAUUCAUUCCCGUACACAUGGUCAUCUUGAGGAAGGUGAUGACUCUCCUAGUAUUAGUAAAGUUGAUGAGGAAAACCUACGACCAUCAUCUGAUUAGUAUCACGAGUUCUUCCAUACAUGAGGCAUGGCUCAAAUCCGGGUACAUGAAACUGUCCUUGGUAUGUCCUGAUAAAACUAGGAUCUAGACUGGAUGAAUCGUAUGAAGUCGGGCGUUAGAUAAUUGACCUACAGGUGAUAAAUAGUAACAAUGAUAUUUAUGGAUUCAAUACAAAUUUAUCAAAGUUAAUCAGUGAAAAAAAUAGAACAAUAAACCAUUGUAUUAUCUUUGGCGUAUUGGCUUUUCUAUAUCUGGAGGUGUCAUCGCUAUUAAUGUGCGGGUUAACUUUGUUGUGUUCACAGUCCUACUGCCUGUACUUGAAAAUCAGGAACCACUCCAACUCGUUGAUCCUACUGCUUAUACUUAGAAACGAGAAUCACUGCAAUUCCCACAAUGUAAAGCAAUAAAGCGUAUGACUGGUCCAUUGACGUCCCUACACAUGUCAAAAAGUCACAUCGUCAUUUGAACGAAACGCAAUCAUUUCUUUACUAAUUUUUGCACACACUUUAUAAUAACACAUCUAUGAGGAAAUAUAUAGGGUUAAUGUAGAAAUCCACACACUGAAUAUAGUUUACCAGAAGUGAUACUGGGAAUAUAAUUGCCACACUGAACAAAGUUAAUACUUGUCAUACUAAACGAAGUUUAUUCUGAAUUGAUACAAAAAAUAUCAACCUUAAAAUCGUCACGUUGAACGAAGUUCACACCUGCCACCCUGGCUGAAAUUCAUAAUAAAUCAAUACAGAAAAUAUUUACAUAAAUAAUGUCACAUCUUUAUACCGUCGUAUCAUUGGUAAUUCUCAGGUAUUUUCUUACUGUUUUACAUUAACUCAGCGCCUAACUACUGUGAAAUUAUUCAUUCAAAUUUAGACGAAAGUUUCUACUUCACUUUAUAUUAUACUAAGUUACGGCUUACUAACUUAUUAUGUUGUUUAUUAGUAAAUUAGGAAUAUCAUAGCACAUUUUACUAGGAAUUUAUCAAUUUUUCAUUUUGUGUAUCUUCGUUAUACUGAUAAACAUAAAAAAGAUCGGAUAGAUGAUCUAUCUUUAAAUUUCUAUGGUAAGUUGUAGUGAUAAUUCAAAAAAUUAGUUUAUGAGUGGAUUCGGUUGUAGUUUCUUUCCUAAAAUUUCAUCUGCAUUGCAUACUGUAAGCAUUUAUAAACAUGUCGUUUAUAUAUGUAGUGCCAGUAAAAUGUCAUGGCACCUGCCAAAUCAUCCGCCAGUCAGGUCACUGAGUGUCGAGCAGCUUACCGACCGUCGCCAAGGUCAAGGGCAGCCGAUGCGCGUCUAUUAAUUACACACUAUGGACUGGGCCAUAUAGCGAUGGUCGUACUCUGUUCUUCGUGCUUACUCUUCCUAAUAUAUUCCUGCAAUGACGUCGUUUGUUCUGUACGAUCACUAUAAUAGCCAUGGUACCUGAAUACGAAGAAAGGGUAAUCAAGGUUAAGUGCUAAGCGUGAGAUGUGACUUCGACGUUAGCUGGUUGGUCACGUCACUCCAGUCUAACUUUGGUAGGCCUCAUUCAAUACAGACCAUCUACCUUGAUGAUCAACAUAUAUGUUGUUGAGUUUUUUUGUACAAGUACAUAUUUAUAGUGUAGGAUUUAUCUUGCCUACAGACUUCUUUUAUAAGCACAUCCACAAAAUCGUUGUAUUUGGAUCAGGGUGUGAUUACAGUUAAAUAAAGUAAAACUUGGUCUUUAAUACUUUAUGUUUCUAAGACGUAAAUUAAUAUAAUUAGUAUGAGAAUAAGUAGCUGAUAUAGUUGGCCAAAAGUAAAGUGAAACAUAUAUACAUAGAAAUGUAAUAGUGUGUAGUGACUCACAUUUAUCACGAGAACACGACUGGUUUAAUAAAACAAUUAUUACCAUAACCAACUGUACCAGUGCUUGUUUUAAUGUGCUUUUGUUUGACUGUGCUAAUGACAGCUAUAUUUUGCUUCCAUUCUUUUUCUCACACUUUGAUUGUAACUUCGUGCGAAUUCGGUUACGUUCUGUAACCAAGCUUGUAUCCUGGCACGAUCUCGGUAUCCCCUCGAUACCACGAGAUCGCCAGCAAAUAUAUAUCUCAAUUUGGUCC